CCUUUUGUGCUAGGCCUCAUCAACAAGACUUUAUUGUUCCAGGCGGCGGUUGGGAGGGUUGUUGUUGAUUGAAGAUGGCGGCGGCGGCCGAGCCCGAGUCCGAGCCCGAGCCGGGCCCCGGGAAGAAGCGGCGGAUCCGGGGGAUGCUCAAACUUUACUACGGCCUGAACGAGGGCUCCCGGGAGCCGCUCGACCCCGCGGACAUCGACGGGGCCCACUUCCAGCCCGAGUUUUACCUCAAUAAGCUCAGGAAGGAGUGCACACUGGCAGAACUGAUGGAAAGUGAGGCUGAGAUGGUGAAACACAUCCGAGCCCUGGACAGCGACAUGCAGACUCUGGUCUACGAAAACUACAACAAGUUUAUCUCUGCCACAGACACCAUCAGGAAGAUGAAGAACGACUUCAAAAAGAUGGAGGAUGAGAUGGAUUGCCUGGCGACCAACAUGGCCGCCAUCACAGAAUUCAGCGCACGCAUUAGCCACACGCUGCAGGACCAGCAUCAGCAGAUCACCAAACUCUCAGGUUUGUGCUGCCGCUGUCUUUUGUCAAAAAAAAAGCCGCGUUUAAAAUCGCUGUGGCACACCCCCCCCCCCCCUUCCCCAAUUCUGUGCAGUGUCCUAUUCGUGGAACAGUUAGGAGGAGGCUGUUCUGCUUGUUGGAUACCCAAGAGCGCCUCCUGCUGCCUCCAUCCUAUCCCUGUAAACUCCGCCGUUUGGAUGUUUGUCCAGUUCCCCUUUGCAAGCUGCGAAACCGCCCAUGCUGCCCUUCUUAAGGCAGCAGGUUUAUGCGCGAUGGCGUUGUCUGUACUUCAGACUAGGCACUUCUUAUCGGUGUGUUGUGUUUCCGGCUGCAGGGACACCGGUUCAAGUGCCAAGGAGCUGGCAGAGUGUGUGGAGCUGUUACUGCAGCUGGGCGAGCCGGCAGAUGAGCUGUGCGACGAGUUCCUGGCGCAUGCCCGCUCCCGGCUGGAGGAGGACCUGUCUGCGCUGGAGGUGGAGUUGGGUCAGCCUGGCCCCCUCCCUGGGGUGGCGGCGCCCCUCUCUGACAUCCUGGAGUUCACUGACAAGGGCUGCAACGGUUUCGUCAGCGACACGUGCCUGGUCAUCGCCUCCUACCAGGACCUCUUUGUCCACCGGCCAGCGGCCGGAGGUCUGGCCAGCCCAGACGUGGCGCAGAUGGCUGGAGCCAAGCUGGUGGAGUUUGUGGACCAGCUGAUGGACCGUUACUUCGGCCUGGUGGAGCGGCGCAUCCGGGCGGAGAAGGGGGUGGGAGACAGCUCGCUGCUGGUGCGUGGCCUGGACCGAUUCCACCGGCGGCUACAGGCCGUGGUCAAGCUGCUGCCUGAUUUGCAGGCGGCCACCGCGGGCACGGAGAUCGUGGUGCGUGCAGCCCAGGAACGGCUCCGCCAAUACCUGCAGGCCCUGCAGAGCUUCUACGCCGACUGCCUGACCGACGUGCGCCAGUCACUGGCCGCCCCCCGCCUCCUGGGAAAGGACGGCGCCAACCUGGCCGAGCUCCUGGCCUCCGUCUCGGCCUCCAUCCUCAACCAGGUCAAGUCGGUGCUGGCCUAUGUCCACCUGUUCACCGCCAAGGACGUCACCUUCUCCAGCAAGGCCUACUUCAAGGGGGAGUUCUGCAGCCAGGGCGUCCGCGAGGGCCUCAUCGUCAACUUCAUCAAGUACAUGUGCCACACGGCCCGUCAGUUCUGCGAGACGGCGGGUGAGAAGGGGGCCACGCCCCCGGGUCUCCUCCUGCUGCUGUCCCGCCUCUGCCUGGAUUAUGAGACGUCCACCAUCAGCUACAUCCUGACCCUGACAGACGAGCAGUUCCUGGGGCAGGACCAUUCCCCCGUCACGUUGGUGACCGUGCUGUGUGCCGAUGCGCGGGAGGCCGCACAGAAACUGCUGAAUCACUACGUGAAGGUGCAGGGCCUGAAUGUGUCGCAGAUGCUGCGGAAGAGCGUGGAGACCCGUGACUGGCUCAACACCAUCGAGCCCCGCAACGUGCGAGCCGUGAUGAAGAGGGUGGUGGAGGACAUAACCUCCAUUGACGUGCAGGUCGGUUUGUUGUACGAGGAAGGAGUGAGGAAGGCACACAGCAGCGACUCCAGCAAGAGAACCUUCUCCGUGUAUAGCAGCUCCCGUCAGCAAGCACGCUAUGCCCCGAGCUACACCCCCAGUGCUCCUAUGGACACCAACCUCCUGAGUAACAUCCAGAAGCUCUUCUCUGAGAGGAUAGACAUCUUCAGCCCCGUCGAGUUCAACAAGGUCUCCGUGCUGACAGGAAUCAUCAAGAUCAGCCUGAAGACCUUCCUGGAGUGCGUGCGCCUCCGCUCGUUCGGCCGCUAUGGGUUGCAGCAGAUCCAGGUCGACUGUCAGUACCUGCAGCUGUACCUGUGGCGCUUCGUCUCGGACGAGAACCUGGUGCACUUCCUGCUGGACGAGAUUGUCGCCAGCACCGCCCACCGCUGCCUGGACCCCGUCACCAUGGAGCAGAGCGUCAUCGAGGUCAUCUGCGAGAGGGGCUAGCGAAGCAGUCGGGGAGUGGGAGGGACGCUGACUCAGCCUGUGGGCUUGUGAAUCGGUCUCGUGGGGGAGCGUGUCGCUGUGGGACAGAUCGGCGCCAGGAGAAUCAGAUACUGCUUCAAUCCACUUAUUACUCCCCCCAUAUUAGAUAGGUACGUCAGAAACGAGAACAGGAAUAGGCCAUUUCUCUUCUCGAGCCAUGUUCUGCUCUUCAGUACUUGUUGUCAAUUUCCCAACCCUAUCGCUUGGUCCUCCAUGUGGCCAGAAUUAUAUUGAUCUCGACUUGACUAUACCUGAGAGGCUGAGUAUCUACAGUCUCUCUCUCUCUCGUGCAUCACUUUUCCAGUGUCAAAGUUUCCAGUCUUCACCGUCCAUGGCCUCGGGGGCUCGUGUGAUUGGCUUGAAUCUGUGCUGAGAGUCGUCCUGCAGCUCACUGUCCCUCCCCUAUCAUUUCUGGGAUGGUGUGUUUAAAAUUUGCAAAUAAAUAUGUAUAUAUAUUCUAUACGGUGGGGAAUUAAAUUACACAUCUGUCAGAAUAAAAUGUUUGCCUUGCAAA